CUCGAUCAAAUUCAACCCAACCUUAGAGAACUACCGAAACAACGCCUUGCGACUCACAACACUUCAUUCCGCCUUGACCCAGGCAAGGUCUGAACCAGCGCAGCCGCCAUGGCGGCGCCCCCCGGGGAGGAUGAUGGCGAUGAGUCGCCGCCCGUCGAGCCCUCCCACCCCCUCAAGAUAUUCGACGCCGCCCGGAAACAGGACAGGUUCCUGUACGCCUGCGCCCCCAUGGUGCGGUACAGCAAGCUCGCCUUCCGCCAGACGGUCCACCAGUACGGCGUCGACCUGUGCUGGACACCCAUGAUCCUCGCCAAGGAGUUUAACCGCAGCGAGUUUGCGCGCGACAGCGACCUCACCAUAUCGACCCGCGGCGUCCAGCCGCCCACGGUGCUCCAGUUCGGCGCCAACAAGCCCCUCGAGCUCGCCCGCGCCUCCGCGCUGGCCGCGCCCUUUGUCGGCGGCGUCGACCUCAACUGCGGCUGCCCCCAGUCGUGGGCCUGCGCCGAGACGCUCGGCGCCGCGCUCAUGAACCGCCGCGAGCUGGUCCGCGACAUGGUCGUCGAGACGAGGGCCCGCCUGCGCGACGACGGCUGGGCCGUCGGCAGGGAGGCCGACGCCGACAGCCCCCGCGGCCGGAGCGUGAGCGUCAAGAUUCGCGUCCACGACGACCUGAGGAGGACCAUGGACUUUCUAGACACAGUCAUAGGGCAUCCCCAAAACCGGCUCGUCGACUGGGUCACCAUCCACCCGCGCACGCGCAGCACCCCCUCCACGACCCCCAUCCGCACCGAGGCCCUCGACAUCCUGACGGCCAAGUACGCCGGCACGCUGCCCAUCCUCCUCUCCGGCGACGUCUUUGACCUGUCCGCGCUGCCGUUCAAGCCGUCGUCAACCACGACGACGACGCCCUCGGACCUCCCCCUUGCCACCCUCACCAUCAAGGACGAUCACGAUCACGACCACGACGAGCAGCCCCGGCGGCAGCCAAACGGCACCCCGGCGGCAGCACCGCGCCCCAGCAACACCAACCUCGAGGGCUUCAUGUCCGCGCGCGGCCUCCUCGCCAACCCGGCCCUCUUCGCCGGCCACCCCACCUGCCCCUGGGAGGCCGUCGAGACCUUCAUGUCCAACGUCGCCCGCUGCCCGCUGCCCUUUAAGCUCGUCGUCCACCACGUCUCCGAGAUGUGCGGCCCGGGCUUCGCCGCCGCCGCCGACAGGAACCCGCUGCUGGGCCGCAGGGACCGCGCCCGCCUCUCCGGCCUGGCCGACAUGUGCGAACUCAUCGACUACCUCGACGAGAAGCUGGAGGAGCGCACGGGGCGCAAGGGCGGCCUGCGUAGGGACCUGUGA